ACUAAGUAAAAAGUGAUGACCGGAAGAGCGGGGUAAGUGUAGGAAGGAGGGGAGUGUCACGAUUGUUGGGGGGAACAGCCUAACCGCGUCUGCUGCAAACAGCUAAUACUUCAGUCGAGCCAACACCUCUGGCACCAGAUCUUGAGCCAGACUGCAUUUAAACAUCUCACAUAACAAUGGGUUGUGCUGUUGGUUGUGCUCGCCUUCUGCUGAUUGGUUUCAACUUUGUGUUUUGGCUGUCUGGUGUAGCAAUUCUGGGUGUGGGCGUAUGGAUCUUGGUGGAUCCCAACCUCCAGGACUUCAUUGAUGUUGUUCACAUAACAGAGGAUGAACACUUCCGCAAUGCUGCCUACAUCCUCAUUGCAUUUGGUGCAUUCAUCUUCCUUGUGGGCUUUUGCGGAUGUUGUGGAGCCAUCCGCAAUAGCAAAUGUCUGCUGGGAUUUUACAUUCUCUUUCUUGUGAUGGUAUUUGCUGGAGAGCUGGCCGCUGGGAUCCUGGCCGCUGUGUACAAGACUGAGAUUAUAAAGAAGUUUGAGACAGAAUUAGGAACAUCCAUCAAAAUAGACUACAGAGAAAAAUCAUCAUGGGAUGUGGUCCAGGCAAAACUGGAGUGCUGUGGCGCAGUUUCUGUAAAUGACUAUGAUAACAGCACAUGGCAGACCAAGCAGCAGCCAGGGAUUAAAAUCCCUGCAUCAUGCUGUAUCCUGUCGAGUGAUGGCAAUCCUGAAAAUGAAGAUGAAUGCAAGGCAAAGAUUUCUAAGUACUUUGAGCAGCCAUGCAAAGACAAACUUGUCCAGUGGGUGGAGUCUCACAGUGUCAUCCUCAUUGGUGUUGGCUGUGGCAUAGCUGGUCUGCAGAUAUUUGGCCUGAUCUUUGCUAUACUUCUUUGCCGAAGUGUUGAUCAGGAGAAAUACUAAGUGGGACAAAAGCUGUGGAUGUCCCUUAUAACAGUCUCCAUUGCUUAACGAUGGUUGGUAGCAAGUCAUGAUUCAUCUUCUGCAUCUGUAAAAGCUUUAUACUUAAGUAAUGUGUGUUGACUUGUGCAAUUGCCACAUAUAAUAGAAAUUGGAAAUGGCAAGUGUUGAAGGAACAAAAAAAAAAGGAAAUUGCUUUGUUGAUGAAAUGUGAAUGCUCUUUUCAGAUAAGACCAAAAAAAAAACUGCUUGCGAAAAAGUUGCAGACUGGCUCAGUUUUAGCUGAUGAAGAUGUAAUAAGAACUUUGGCAAAUAAAGACAUUUUCAGUGGCCAUCAGCAGGUUGCAGAACAAAGACUUCUUUGAAUUUGUUGGUAAAGUCCUUGCAGAAUAGGACAGAUAGAAAGUACUGACAGCUGAGUAGUUAAUGUUUUUUGUUAAUUCCAUGUUCUUGCUUUCUAAAAAUUACCAAAGUUGGACCAUUUACAUGGCUUCUCUACACAUCAAGCAUUCUAUCUCUCAAAGUGUCACAAAUGCUGUAUUGUUGGUUGUAUGUGUUUUUUUUUUUUUUACUGUAUGCUUAAGUAGCUUUAAUAGAGCCAAAUAUAAUUUUAAUUUAGAAAAAGAGCUUUUUUCAAAGACUAUAAUGAGAGCAAAUUUUUUUUCUUUUCAUAAAUCAGUGUGAAAGAGGUAAGAUGGAAAGGUUUUAAAAGAGCAUAUUGAUCAAAGCAAACGGGAGAUAAACGGGCUCCAUUAAAGAGCUUUUCUCAUGAAAACUGGAGUGAACAGGAAUUGAUGAUACUUAAAUAUUCCAUAAGAUUAAAUAAUAAAAUUUAAUGUUAAUGUGCUGAGCAAGGAGUAAUCUCAUUUUGUAUUAAUGUAUUUGUGUUCACAAGGUUCUAAUCUCUUGUAAAUGUAAGGGUGGGGUUUAUUUUUGAGUUGUUCACUGUGUUUAGAGAAGGCGGUCUGGUGGUGCAGCAGUUAGCACCUGUCACAAAUACAGUGAGGGUUGGCUGUCCUGGGUUCAGCAUCUCGUCUCGGGCACGCUGUUCUUUCUGUUUAUAGGGCUGGCUGCCUUGUAUGUAGCCUUAAUUGCUGGCUUGGCCUUAAAUACAAAUUUUUCCCCUUCCCCGCUCCCUCCUUCUUGUUAACGUGGAUCUCUCUUCCUGUUAAUGAGGAUCUCUAAAGAAUGCAUUGAAAAAGCUGUGUUAUUUAAGAAUAAUUUAUUUGACAAGUGACAUUGCAUGAGGAACAUGUCUUGAUGAUGGCUGCCAGAUACUUGACAAAUAUGUUACACCCACUCACACUUGUUGCAGCCCCAUGCUCCUCCAGGAGUAGCAAGGACUCACACUCGCAGUCUCUUUGUACCCACAUGAGAUGAUGAGAUGCACAUUACAGGUACAUGUGUGCACCCACAUGCACACGCAUGCACAGACACACUCACACUUGCAUAUACACUGUACGAUAUCCACACAUUUCAGAUUUAUCACUGACCUUGUGCACAGGGGUACCCAAACAGAUUUUCAUGACAAGGCCCACACAUUGUAAGGAGAGAUAUUCAACAUUCAGUCCUAACUCACGACACAGCAGAGUCUGGUGAGGCUACUGCUUUGGCUAUGAAACUGUUUCUCAGGUGGGAUGUUCUGGUCUGAACAUGUUUAUACCUGAGCCAGGAGGGCAUGUGACAGAAUAGGCUAUUGGCCAAGUGAGAUGCAUCAGCCACAAUCUUAUGUGUGCUAGGCGUAGAUUGUUCCUGCAGAGGUUAGUUCCACUAGCUGCAUGCAUUACCUGGUUGAGUGUGACUUUUUACUUUUGGGUGCUGCUGCCGUCAGUAUACUCUUGAUCAUCAGAAUGUCCUUUUAUACUUUAUUAUAAACUACCACAUUGUUUCUUCUUCUCCUGGAUGGUUAUUUAUUUGUCAUCUGAAUCUCAGUAUGGAGGCACAGGUAGCUGGUAUAGGGUUUGGAAGCACAGUAUGCAUAUAUUUGGUGACAGAUUCAGGAUAAGUUACUCAGCUCUCAUGGUAUAGGCGGUUGUAUAUAGUGGAGUAAGGAAAUGCUUAUAUUACCAAGUAAGACUGAAUGGCUGCCUCACUAGUCUUGAAAACCAUGUUGCUAUAGUUCAUUUAAGACUUUUUCCUUGUCAUAGCAUGUUGUUUGUAUACAUAUUGUUAUUUCUGAAAUCUACAUUUUUGUCAUCGUUUUAAAGUCAGCAUUUAUUGAAAUGUCUUUUUUUAUUUGCUGUAGUUUUUGUUGUUGUAGGAAGUACAUCUCUUAAUAAAUAUCGACAGCAAGAAGAGGUCUUGCCUCCAUAAAUGUUUAUCUGAGACUACUGACGGUUGUCUCAGGUUAUUUCAAAGACAUAAAUGUUUGCUGUUUGUUCAUCUUGUCUUAAGGAGAUGUAUAGUUUCUUCUGUACAAGUGGACUUUUAAUGAAACUUAUUACUACUUCUUCUGUGCGUCGAAUCUUGUAGGAGGCCUAGUCCAUGCCAGAUAUCUUGGUUCUCAGAAGAAAAAAGAAAUGUGGUGUUUAUUUAGUUCCACAGAUAGGUUUUGAGUAUAUAGCAUGAACUGCAAAUUGUUCUUGCACUAAAAAUGUUUUUUUAUAACUUAUCCUGUGGCUAGAUUUAUCUUUUACUGUGCUGCACGUGUUAUUGUGCUAUUUUAAAUUGUAUGUUUAAAAUAUCUGCCACCUCUGUGACAUUUCAUAAACAAAUGGCAAUUCAUUUUAUGGCACAUCUUUAAAAGUUUACAAUAUUUGUACAACAGUCAUCACUUAUUCUGUUCCAGUACUGGAUAUGUUAGUAUCUACAGUUCUUAUGCCUAGCUCCUAUGGUGCAUGUGGAGUGUAGAACACAAAAAAUUUGCUGAGGUCAAACACAUCAGUAACUAUUAUAUGUUUUUACUAAACUGUGAAAAUGUGCUGAUGUAACAUACAUUUCACAGUUUCUGUUCGUUCCAUUCUUUUACUUUGCUAUAAAUAAGUAAAUGGAUCAGUGUGAGAUAACUUUUGUUAAAGACUUUAACGCAUUAUUACACAAAUGCUUUACAGUAUAUUUAUUCUGCAGUUUAUUCUUUUAUUUUGUUGUUUUUACUGUUGGUCAUGUUCACUGUUCAAAGGACACCAAACCCAUGCAUGUGAUGUGGAGAAAACUAAACUUAAAGGGUUUUGUGUUUAUUGACUGUAGCCUGUGUUAAAGAAGUAGUAGACAUUCAACAUCUUUAACAUGUGUCAAAGAACUGGUGGACAUUUAACACAUGCUGCCCUCAUGUAUGACAUGGCAGCAAGUGUUGGUCCUGCUUCUCGGUUUUCUUUGGUAGUUCAAAUCAAAUUGUAGAGGAAGAUGUUAGAGUUUAGUGAAUGUUAUGCUGAGCCAUGCGUGUCCAGUUUUUGAUGGUGGUAGAACUGAUGACUUUGAAUUUCAGUGAUUUUGCUGCAUCUGUUGCAAGCUGGCCGUUGAAGCUGCUUACUGGCUGCUGUUUGGUAUUGUUUAUCGAGGAUAUAUACUUGGAUUUUUGCCCUUCUCUGAAGUGAGAUAAUGCUGUAUUUUAUGUCCUGAUCUUUCAUUGCAUGGGUACAGGUAUUUUGGGUAUCUUUUUUAAGAAGGCUGUGUGCAGAAUUCAAUGUUACGUAUGCUGCAUACUUCAUACCUUGUCAUGUGCAUUAUUUGAUUGGUCUUGUUGAUUCUGAUAUUUUUCCCUUUAUCAGUGUCAUUGUCGAUGGUGGUCAUAAUACUGUGAAAACAAGCCUGAAUAUAUUUCUCAGGAAUGUACCACUAUAGAUUCCAAAUGACUCAGCUCAAUCUCAGCUUCAUAAUGUGAAACCUGACAUUUCAAGAGCUGAUAUACUGAAAGCAGAAUUCUUAUAUUAAAAGUUAAAUGCUGUGCUGUGUAACUUAAAAGGUAGGUAUUUGUGUCUUUUUGGACUAAAACCCCUAAAAGCAAUGGAAGAUUAGACCUGUCAUUCAGCCUACUCUGUCUUUGUGAAAGCACAUUGUUGUGGAUACAGUGUAUUGGAAUGAGGAUCAAGUGUGACUCGAAUUACUACAGCAGAGACAGGUGGAUAAUGUGGAUAUGUUGGAGCAAGUAAUUUUAGAAAUAGUGUACUAUCACAACUUCUUGAAACUAUUUUAAAAGCUUAUUUUUGUUGUUGAUAGAACAUCUAUGAAAGAAUUUUAAAUUUCCUUGGCAUACUGAAUCCCCAAGGAAAUCAAAAAUCUGUAUUGAGCAGUUUACAUACACAGCUUGAGAUGUAAUGAAUGUCCCCUUCCCUUUUUCCCUUUUUGUGCCUUUUCACUCCUAAUGUUUAAUUUUUAUAGUAUAUGUUCAAAUUAAAAAGUGUUGCUCUGUUACAUUGUGCGCUUUUAGCCAGUAUAGGGAUAUGGCAUGCUACAAAUAUGUCUUAUCAUUCAGUGGCAUUAUUGCUCAGAGAGUAACAUCUUUUUUCUUUAAUGAUGGUUUGGGAGUCUUACAUAUGCCUUUGAAAUAAGAUUUUCCUUUGAUGACACCAUAGAGGGAGCCUUUUUGAAAUCUUACAAUAGACAACUCAUUGCUUUCUGUUCUUUUGCUAUGUUUGGUUCUAGUCAAUUAUCUCACGGUCUCAUAGCACGUUUCUCUAUGUGAAAAUGUCACUUAGUAUUAUUGUUAAUGAUGAUAGGCCUUCUUAUACCUUUCUCUUUCUCGACUUUUUUUAUAAUCAAGAAAGCUGCUUAAUAUUGUUUAUGAUAACCAGUCUACUUAAAUACUGUAAUUUUGAUAGCUGGCCUACUUAACAUUGGGCUAAUCGAAUAAUUGGCCUACUAUCUUAUUCUAAUAAUUAGUCUAAUUAGUAUUGUUAUUCUGAGAACUGAUUUUUACUAGUAUUGUUCUAAUAACUACCUUCAAAACCCUUAUGCAGUAGACCAACACAUGAUGGCAAUUUAAGGUAUGUUUUACAUCAGUAAAUAGAAGUAUUUUGGACAGGUACGGAAGGACUCUGUUGUAAGAGAUAACGUGACAUGACCAUAGGCCUGCAGAUUUGCUACCCACUGAUCUGCUGCAAAUGAACAAAUUAAGGUGCAACUGUUAAAAAUCAGUUUGAAGGAUGCUUCCAAUUAGCAAAAGGUGUGAUUUUCUGGUAGAGAUAUUUAGGACUAAAGACUGUUGGAAAAAUAUCCCCUCACAGUGAUGACGGAGGAAUAUUGCUUGUCACACCUGCUGCCUAUACUGCUCUUGCUGGGUAUGCAUUUUUUUCCAGGGUAAUUAGGAAGUUGAAGAUCAAGAUUUUUAUAUAAUUUUUUUUUCAGGCUUGUACCUUUCAAACUAUUGUUUGUACUCAGUCCCAUUAGCAGCAGCUCACCUUUAUCUGUGAGUUUAGAGACGUUUAUGACCCAUGUUUAUAGUCUGCAGGCUGUGGCUUAUGUUUAUUGACAAGCUUAUAGAACCUGCAUUUUGUGGCUUAUGUUUAUUGACUUAAAAUUUUCAGGGUUAGACUUUCAUUCACACAGUCAUAUAGGGAAAGUAUUGGUGAAUUAUAAUAUUUCAUCCACAAGAGUUUUAGUGUACUGUGUACAAGUUUAGUGCAUUGUAACCCAGUAGUUCCCACUGACCACAGAUAUAUAUUUUUGGCAAUGACGAGUGUGCAUGUAUGUGUGAGAGAGAGACAACAAUGCCUUGGUUGUUUAAACCUUGUGUAAAAAGCUACCACUUGCCACAGUGAAAAGCACUGAUUUUUGCAAAAAGUUUUUUUAAAUGAAAAUAAUAGCUAGUAUUUGCACAGGGUGAAAUUUGGAAAAGAAAAUUCUGCAGAAAUAGUUUUUUUAAGUUUUGGUUUUUCAUGCAUGACUUAAUGUGAACAGUAUUUUUUAUGCACCUCAUGUACUUAGUAUUUGAUAUAAUUUUGUUUACAUUUAAUGCAGCUACUCAAGAUAUUUUAGAAUAAAAUGAUGCUGUGAAGACUGUCUUUAAUUAAAGAGUGUACCACAUUUAAUGUUAUUUUAGUAUUUUGAAAUUUUGAUUUGAAAUUUAUAUAAAGUAAGUGAUAGAGCUACAGUGCAUAUACAACGUGUACCCAGAUGAUGGAACAAAAGUGCAUAGAAAGGUUGACUGUGAUUUCAUUGAACUUUGGUGAGAAGAUUCCAUCCAGAAUGUUUUAUUACUAGGAAAGCUCAAGAAGUUAGUAUUUUUCUCAUGAACUUGCUCUGUUGGUUAAAAUAUCUUCAUGCGUUAACUUGUUGAUCAGUCACGAUUAUACCGUUAACACCAAAUUAUACCAGUUCAAAAAAGAGAAUUGGUACACUUUACUGGUUGAUAAGAAAAUGGAAUUUUUACUUAGCAAUGAAAGGUCUACGAAUAGUCCUUUGUGUAUAAAUAAACAAAACUAAUUGCUCAUGGAGAUAGUGGGACCUGUUUUGAUCAGUACUUUGCAUUCCUGGUGUCCGCAGUCACUAUCCCAAACUGUUAAAAUGCCGGCCAUUUUUUUAAUUCUUUAUAACUGCGUGUGGACACAGAGACACAGCAGAAGUGUGUUGUUGUCAUGGAAUGUUCGUUGAUCCUCUCAGAUUGUUUAUUUGAUGUUUGUCACAUCCGUGAUUUGAUUGACUGGAUUCGUUGUGCAGUUUAGUGCAGGUGCAGCCUCUUGCAGAAGCUUUGUCCACAUUUACAAUUGAUGACCAAAUGAUCUUGUUAAUAACAGGGUGAAAAUCAAAUCACGGAGUUCAUUUUUUGUGAGUAGAUGUAGUGUAUUUCAGUUCUCACAUAUAUUUAUCUACUUGUUGAAGUUGCGGCCUCAUUGUGUUACAGGUGCCUGCAGGUGUUUUUAUGCUUCAAAAUAUAAUGACAAAGAUUUUUAACAAUUCUUUUUGACAUUAAAGUAGCAGUGCAUGAAUGUUUUAUGUCUUUCAUUUACUCUAAACUGUUCCACAUCCUGAAUAAAAUAAACUCUUAUUUCAA